CCCGCCCACGCCCCGGGACCUGCGGCAUGGGGCUGUAGGCUUGCGGCUGCCGGCGUGUGUGGUUCCUUCGGAACCCGCUCGGAGACCCGAACAUGGCAACUCUAGAGGAAAGCUUCCCCCGAGGGGGUGCAAAGAAGACCCACAAAUCAGAGAAAUCUUCCCAGCAGGCGGUGGAACAAGACAACUUAUUUGAUAUUUCCCCUGAAGAAGAAUCCAUCAAAAGGAAAAAAAAGAUCCAAAAAGGACCAGCAAAAACAAAAAAGUUGAAACUCGAGAAGACAGAAACCAUUAAGUCUCUAAAAGAGAAGCUUGAAAUCCUUACUGUUGAGUCCCUGUGUGAAGGAAUGCGGAUUUUGGGUUGUGUGAAAGAGGUAAAUGAACUGGAACUGGCGAUCAGUCUCCCCAAUGGCCUUCAAGGUUUUGUGCAAGUGACGGAAAUCUGUGACGCCUAUACCAAGCAGCUGAAUGAGCAGGUGGCUCAGGAAGAACCUCUCAAGGAUCUACCCAGCUUACCUGAACUCUUCUUCCCGGGAAUGUUGGUGAGAUGCGUGGUGAGCAGCGUGGGCAUUACAGAGAGGGGCAAGAAGAUUAUCAAGCUCUCUUUGAACCCCAGAAAUGUCAACAAAGUGCUGAGUGCGGAGGCCCUGAAGCCUGGCAUGCUGCUGACAGGUACCGUGUCAAGCCUUGAAGAUCAUGGUUACCUAGUGGACAUUGGCAUUGGCGGGACCCGAGCUUUUCUGCCAGUGCAGAAAGCCCAGGAGGGCAUCCGACAGAAGAACAGAGGAGCUAAACUGAAGGUUGGCCAGUACCUGACGUGUCUUGUUGAAGAGGUGAAAAGCAAUGGAGCAGUUGUUAGUCUGUCUGCAGGCCAUUCAGACAUUUCUUCUGCCUUUGCAACUGAAGAUCAAAGCUGGACCCUUAAUAACUUGCUACCUGGGCUGGUGGUGAAAGCCCAGGUGCAAAAGGUGACUCCGUUUGGGCUGAAGUUAAACUUCCUCACAUUCUUCACGGGCCUGGUUGACUUCAUGCACCUGGAGCCCAAGAAAAUUGGGACAUACUCCCCAAACCAAACCGUGAGAGCCUGUGUCCUCUGUAUCCAUCCUCGCACCAGAGCUGUGCGCUUGAGCCUGCGCCCCGUUUUCCUACAGCCCGGGCACCCGCUCACCCGGUUAUCGUGCCAGCAUCUGGGGGCUGUGCUGGAUGAUGUUCCUGUCCAGGGAUUUUUCAGAAAUGCUGGGGUCACCUUCAGGCUUAAGGAUGGGGCCCUGGCCUAUGUCCGGCUCAGCCAUCUCUCUGAUUCUAAGAAAAGCUGCAAUCCUGAGGCCUUCACGCCAGGGAGCACUCACAAGUGUAGAAUUAUUGACUACAGUCAGAUGGACGAGCUGGCCUUGCUGUCUCUGCGGAGAUCUGUCAUUGAAGCUCAGUUCCUUAGAUACCAUGACAUCAACAUUGGGGCAGUGGUGAAGGGCACAGUGCUGACUGUAAAGCCAUUUGGAAUACUGGUGAAAGUGGGUGAGCAAAUGAGAGGCCUGGUCCCUCCCAUGCACCUGGCUGAUGUUCUCAUGAAAAAUCCCGAGAAGAAGUACCACGCUGGAGAUGAGGUCAAGUGCAGGGUUUUGCUUUGUGACCCUGAGGCCAAGAAGCUAGUAAUGACCCUAAAGAACACCCUGGUCACUUCCAAACUACCUGCCAUUACCUGCUAUGAUGAUGCCAAGGCUGGCCUGCAGACACACGGUGUCAUCGUCAAGGUCAAGGACUAUGGCUGCAUUGUGAAGUUCUACAACGAUGUUCAGGGGCUGGUGCCCAGGCAUGAGCUCAGUGCCCAAUACAUCCCUGACCCGGAGAAGGUCUUCUACACUGGCCAGGUGGUGAAGGUGACGGUGCUCAACUGUGAACCAUCCAAAGAGAGGAUGCUGCUAUCCUUCAGGCUAUUGAAUGAUCCAGAGCCACAGAAUGAGAGUAUUGGACAUACUCAGAAGAAAGGAAGAGUCGUUAACAUUGGGCAGCUGGUAGAUGUGAAGGUCAUAGAGAAGACCAAAGAUGGGCUACAGGUGGCUGUCCUGCCCCACAACAUCCCUGCUUUCCUCCCCACACCUCAUCUGUCCGACCACGUUGCCAAUGGCCCGCUGCUGCAUCACUGGCUCCAGGCGGGCGACACCCUUCACCGAGUCCUGUGUCUGAGUCAGAGUGAGAAGCAUGUUCUCCUUUGCAGGAAGCCUGCUUUGGUCUCCACAGUAGAAGGUGGCCAGGAUCCCAAGAGCUUCUCAGAAAUCCAGCCAGGAAUGCUGCUCAUUGGUUUUGUGAAGAACAUCAAGGACUAUGGUGUGUUCGUCCAGUUCCCCUCCGGUCUUAGCGGACUGGCCCCCAAAGCUAUCAUGAGUGACAAGUUUGUGACCACCCCAAGUGACCACUUUGUUGAGGGGCAGACCGUGGUUGCAAAAGUGACCAACGUGGACGAGGAGAAGCAGAGGAUGCUGCUGUCGCUGCGGCUGUCCGACUGCCAUCUGGGCACCUCGGCCAGCACCAGCCUGCUCCUCCUGAGCCAGUGCCUGGAAGAGCUGCAGGGUGUGCGGAGCCUCAUGAGCAGCCGAGACUCUGUGUUGAUCCAGACGCUGGCUGAGAUGACCCCAGGGAUGGUCCUUGACCUCACAGUGAAGGAGGUGUUGGGAGAUGGCUCUGUGGUGUUCAGUGGGGGUCCAGUGCCCGACCUGGUCUUGAGAGCCAGCAGGUACCACCGGGAAGGGCAGGAGGUGGAAUCUGGGCAGAAGAGGAAGGUUGUGAUCCUAAAUGUGGAUAUGUUGAAGUUGGAAGUACAUGUUUCCCUUCGCCAGGAGUUGGUGAAUAGAAAAGCUAAAAAGCUGAGGAAAGGCAGCGAGCACAAGGCGACUGUGCAGCACCUGGAGGAAUCCUUUGCCGUGGCCUCCUUGGUGGAGACUGGCCACCUGGUAGCUUUCUCUCUGACUUCUCACCUCAACGACACCUUCCGCUUCGACUCCGAGAAGCUGCAGGUGGGCCAGGGUGUCUCUCUCACGCUCAAGACCACAGAACCAGGGGUGACGGGCCUUCUCUUGGCCGUGGAGGGGCCGGCUGCCAAGAGGACCAUGCGGACCGCCCGGAGGGAUUCUGAGACAGCUGAUGACAAUGAGGAUGAGGAUGCGGCUUUGGUUGUGGGGUCCAAAAAGAAGCACACGCUCACUCUUGGGGACAUGGUCACUGGGACAGUCAAGUCUGUGAAGGCCACCCAUGUGGUUGUGACUCUGGAAGAUGGCAUCGUUGGCUGUAUCCAUGCCUCCAACGUUCUAGAUGAUGUUCCAGUGGGCACCUCUCCUACUUCCACGCUGAAAGUCGGGAAGACAGUCACUGCCCGUGUGAUUGGCGGACGAGACGUGAAGACCUAUAAGUUUCUCCCAAUAAGUCACCCCAGAUUUAUUCAAACCAUCCUGGAGCUGAGUGUUCGACCAAGUGAGCUGGAGGGUAGCCACACUGCUCUUGACACUUACUCUGUCAGCCCUGUGGAGAAGAUCAAGCAGUACCAGGCUGGUCAGACUGUGACCUGCUUCUUAAAGAAGUACAAUGUGAUUAAGAAAUGGCUUGAAGUGGACGUUGCACCAGAUGUCCGAGGGAGAAUUCCCUUGUUGCUCACUUCUCUCAGCUUCAAGGUGCUGAAACAUCCAGAUAAGAAGUUCCAGAUUGGCCAGGCUUUGAGGGCCACUGUGGUGGGCCCCGAUUCCCGCAAGGCCUUCUUGUGUCUCUCACUCAUAGGUCCUCACAAGCUUGAGCCAGGGGAGGUGGCCAUGGGCAGAGUGGUGAAGGUGACACCCAAUGAAGGGCUGACUGUUUCCUUCCCCUUUGGGAAGGUAGGGACAGUCAGUGUGUUCCACAUUAGUGACUCCUACUCUGAGGCCCCUCUGGAGGACUUCGUUUCCCAGAAGGUUGUCAGAUGUUAUGUCUUGUCUGCGGCAGGUGAUACGUUGACAUUGUCACUUCGAUCAUCCAGGACAAACCCGGAGACAAAAAGCAAAAUAGAAGAUCCAGAGAUUAACUCCGUCCAGGACAUUAAGGAAGGGCAGCUCCUUCGGGGCUACGUGAGGUCCGUCCAGCAGAGCGGUGUGCUGUUGGGCCUUGGCCCCUCAGUUGUGGGUUGGGCUCAGCACUCACACGUCUCCCAGAGCAGCACGCCCAAGAAAGAGCUUUAUCACCACUACCUCCCUGAGGGAAGGCUGCUCACUGCCAAGAUCCUGAGAGUGAACCACCAAAAGAACCUGGUCGAGCUGUCACUCCUACCCGGUGACACCGGGAAGCCGGAUGUAUUCUCUGCCUCCCCGGAACUGCCACUUGGGAAGCCCGAGGCAAGGAGAGGGGAAGCCGAGGAGCGGGACCAAAAAGGAGAAGAGAAGAAGAAGCGGAAAAGGAAAGACCAGAAGGGACAGAGGGAAGUGAAGCUUCCUAGCCAGAAGAAAGAGCCCCAGGGGUCCCGCGGGAAGAAGCCGGGCAAACGGGAGUGCCAAGAGCGUGCGAGGGAGCAGGAAAUAGUGAACAAGAGGCCAAAGGAGGCGUGUGUGCCUGAAGAGGACGACAGCGGCGUGGAGGUGUAUUACCGGGAAGGGGAAGAUGAGCUCGAGGAGCCGAAGGUGCUUCCCAAGGGGGGGCCCACAAAGCCCGCCGAGGUUCCCCGGCUACAGCUGUCUUCAGGCUUCCUUUGGGAUGUGGGACUCGACUCUCUGACCCCAGCCUUACCACCCCGAGGAGAGAGCUCAGACAGCGAGGAGGAUGAACAGCCGCAGCAAGCCACGCAGAAGAAAAGCAAGAAGGAAAAGGAGUUGGAGAAGCAGAAGGCAGAGAAGGAGCUGUCCCGCAUCGAGGAGGCGCUGAUGGAUCCUGGGCGACAGCCCGAGUCAGCAGAUGACUUUGACCGGCUGGUGUUAAGCUCCCCCAACAGCUCCAUCCUGUGGCUGCAAUACAUGGCCUUCCACCUGCAGGCCACGGAGAUCGAGAAGGCCCGAGCUGUGGCCGAGAGGGCCCUGAAAACCAUCUCGUUCAGAGAGGAACAGGAAAAGCUGAACGUGUGGGUGGCACUGCUGAACUUGGAAAACAUGUACGGCUCUCAGGAGUCGCUGACGAAGGUCUUCGAGCGGGCUGUGCAGUACAACGAGCCUCUCAAGGUCUUCCUGCAGCUGGCUGACAUCUACACCAAGUCUGAGAAGUUCAAGGAAGCUGGUGAGCUGUACAACCGGAUGCUGAAGCGUUUCCGGCAGGAGAAAACUGUCUGGAUCAAAUAUGGCGCCUUUGUUUUGAGGAGGAACCAGCCUGGGGCCAGCCACCGAGUGUUGCAGCGAGCCCUUGAGUGCCUGCCUACCAAGGAGCAUGUGGAUGUGAUUGCCAAGUUUGCCCAGCUGGAGUUCCAGCUAGGGGAUGCAGAACGGGCCAAAGCGAUUUUUGAAAACAUGUUGAGCACCUACCCAAAGCGUACAGACGUCUGGUCGGUUUACAUUGACAUGACUAUCAAGCACAGCAGCCAGAAAGAAGUCCGGGACAUCUUUGAGCGGGUCAUUCACCUGAGCCUAGCCCCCAAGAGAAUGAAGUUCUUUUUCAAGCGCUACCUGGACUACGAGAAGCAGCACGGCACUGAGAAGGACGUGCAGGCGGUCAAGGCGAAGGCCCUGGAAUACGUAGAGGCCAAGAGCUCCAUGCUGGAGGACUAGUGACCACUGGCUGUACAGUACACAGCUCCUGCAGGCCCCUGGGCACUGGGGAAAUUGUUGCCUAAGGACUGUAUUUAAGUGCUGCGUUUUCUGCAGCAAGUUGGGGGUGAUCCUGUUAGGAAGAAAAAUACUUGGUGGGGCUUUUCCCCCCCUUUUUUCCACCUUUCAUGGUGCUGGAGCUUAAACCUAGUGCCUUGUACGUGCUCAGCUAGUGUUCUUCCAGUGAGCCAUACCCACAGCCUUUGAAACUUGUUUUGUUUUAUAUAA